UUUAGCAUCUGGCUUCCAACAUGGAAUCAACUAUCAUUGAGUGAUUUAGUCAUUUGGAAGUGGAAUUUAUUUCUGCUGUCUCUCUUGUCGGGGAAGAUCAUCUUUCGUGGUAUGUUGAACUUGGUUGUGCUUUCCAUGGGGUGGAAGUUUUCCAAGCAAAAACGAUUGUUUUAUUAUAUUUAUGGAACAAGAUCUGCAGUCGAAAACUGUUUAUGGGUGGCUUCUAUGUUUGUGCUAUGCAACAUUAUCUUCAACCAAAACCUGAGGAGGGUACAUUUAGAAACUUUGUUUUACAUAAACAAAGUUCUAAGUUUCUUGCUAGUCUCCUCAGUGGUGUGGAUAGUAAAAACUAUCAUCUUCACGUAUCUCGCAGUCAGCUAUAAUUCUCAUAUAUUGUCUUCGAGAAUGAGAGAUUUGGAAUUUAGUGAAAAGAUGAUUCAACAGAUAGCACCCAAAGGCAAUGCAUUUGAGAAAAUCAGAAAUGAGGAGGGUGCCAAAAAUCUGGCAACAAAAAUAAUACAGAACUUGUCAAGCAAUUCUUCAAGGUACAUUUACAUGGAAGAUUUGAUGGGUUUUAUGAAUAUCAAUGAUGCUCGCAAGGUGUUGAAACUUUUGGGUUGUGCAUCCGAAUGCCAAAAAGUUCAUAAAUUGAUACUGGAAAACUGGGUGAUUGCAUUUGAAGCUGUGAUCUACUUGUUUGUAAUGCAUCCAUUCAAUAUUGAUGAUCGAUGCGAGAUCGAUGGGGUUGAGUUGGUGGUGAACAAAAUCAACAUUUUCAGCACUGUCUUCUUAAGGAAUGACAAUCAAAUAAUUAUUUAUCCGAAUGCUAUUCUGUGGACAAAAUCAGUGAGCAAUUUUCGACUCAGCCCACCAACGAGAGACAAAAUAGAGUUUGAUAUAUUUAUUUUGACCCCAGAAGAACAAAUUAUUGCCAUGGAACAAAGGAUACUGAGUUUCAUCCAAAGCAGGGAGGAGCUUUGGUUUCCCACACCACGUAUAUUCAUAACAAGCAUCGGGGAGACGAGCAGGCUGCAUGUGGAGGUCUGGGCGACACAUCGAAUAAACAUGCAAGAUUUGGAUGAGAGACUUGAAAGAAAAAAACUUCUGUAUAAAGAAGUGGCUAACAUCAUAAGGGAGCUUGGGAUCCUUGUGCAUUGGUAGACAGUAAUUGGCUUUCUGGCGUAGUUUCUUUUUAUUGUUCUUCGUUCCUUUUUAACAGGCAAGAUAUUUUUAUUACACCAUCCUGUACCUUUCCCCAGUUAUGAAAGCAUUUGCUUGGUUCACCUUC